AUGACAGUGACGCUCAUCCUGUUCUUGAUGGCGACGGCGUCUCCAGCUGAUUCAACAUCAAAGAAGCCAAACAUCAUAUUCAUACUGGCGGAUGACUUGGGCUGGGCCGACGUCAGUUUCCACGGAUCCUCACAGAUUCCGACCCCCAAUUUGGACGCGCUGGCUGCCGACGGGGUGGUACUCAACGCCCACUACGCACAGUCCGUGUGCGCACCAUCACGAGCCGCCCUGCUUUCGGGUCUCUAUCCACUUCGCUUCGGCAUACAGCAGAGCAUGCUGUAUCCUUCAGCGCCUGGUGGGCUCCCCGCGGAUAUUACCUUGCUUCCGCAACACCUCGGUAAACUCGGAUACGAGAGCCACAUUGUGGGCAAGUGGCAUCUUGGGUGUUCCAAACAGAACCAGAUGCCCACGAGGAGAGGCUUCAGCACUCACUUUGGUUUUCUGAAUCACGGUCAAGACUACAUUACCCACACAGUCACAUAUAAUGGAUCGUGCGGUUAUGACUUCUGGCUUAACGAACAGCCGCUGACGGAUGCUCUCGGCAUUUACUCAAUGGACCUGUUUCUAGACAGGGCGAAUAGCAUCAUCACACACCACGACACAUCCAAGCCGCUGUUCCUGUUCCUCAGCAUGCAAGCCCCGCACAUCGGCAGGGCUGAGCGCAUGUUUCCGGCACCCGAGGCGAACAUCGCGAAAUUCGCCUACAUAGGCAACGCAAAUCGAACGGGUUACGCAGCCACUGUCGACACGCUGGACGAGGCGACUGGCACCGUGGUGGAGGCGCUGCACGGGAGGAGCAUGCUCGGGGAAUCUGUGAUCGUCUUCUGCAGCGACAAUGGCGCGGAACGCAUGGGCAUGGGCUCCAACUGGCCCCUGCGUGGCACGAAGAAGAGCCUUUGGGAAGGAGGCGUUCGCGUGCCGGCGUUCAUUUGGUCCCCGCUGCUGCGCGAUCGAGAAGAACGUGUCUCCGAGGACAUCAUGCACUUGGUUGACUGGAUGCCCACGCUGUACCAGGUGGCCGGAGGAAAGGUUGAGGACGUGGGCACCAUCGACGGCGUCAGCCAGUGGGAUGCGCUGAUGUCUCGUGACAGGCCGCCCGUUCGACAGGAACUCCUGCAUGGCUUCGACCCGGCCGACGGGAGUGGUGCAUACAGGAGCGGCAGGUACAAACUUGUGGUCAUCCCGAGUGAUGGGAGCUGGGAAGAUACAAGGCUAGAGCCAGUCGGCGACACACCCUCUGACGUCGACGUCAGCAAACUGGCUGCCGAGUCUAAAGUGGCAAAGGUGCUAGCUGAGUUCCACGCUCCGAGUACUGCCAAAGCUGCCAACUUGGAAUGGAGGCGAUUAACGAGCGUCUCCUGCGGCUCGGACCAUCGGAGCAACUUCGAGGCGGUUCCCUCUCCGUACCUCUUCGACAUCUUCGACGAUCCCUGCGAGCUGAGAAACCUGGCCCAGGAACGGAGCCACAUUGUGGACAUUAUGAUGCAAAAACUGGCAGCCGCCUCGGAUAUCUCAGCGCCAUCGCCCAAGGAAUCACCCGAUCCCGAGGCGUACCCGCUGCACAACAACUGCACGUGGGGUCCCAGGCGGAACAGCGUCUGCUCAAGCGACCUCUGUAUGGCGAAGAAAAACGCCGCUUCAGGGCCACUUUGUGGCACCUUUCCGUCAUUAUUCCUCUUCAGCCUAUGUUUGGCUUACGUUUCACAGAGCUUUGAAUCUGAGUUCAAGUAA